AUGAACGAUCGUCGGGAUUAUUGUAUGCGGCUUGAAGACCAGCAGACUGAAUUUGUCGAUAAAUUGAUUGGCCGAAAUGAAAAAAAACAACAACUAAGAGGAGAAUUUGGAUACACUUCUUCACAUGCGUUGAUUAUGGAUUUUUCAAAGUCAGUCAUGAUCUUAGACGGUUCACAAACAAUCCUGAGUUCGUUAAAAGAAGAUUGUACUGCUCUGAGCACAGCAGUAUACUGA